AUGGCGGAUAGCCUCAUGGAUGUCUACUGGGAGUGUGUCUUCCCAUUAUAUCCGUUUCUUGUCCCGGCUGAGAUGAAAAACGAAUAUACGAAAAUAUGGACUGGCGAUAGUCUGGAGUAUGAUGAAAACAUGCUGAUGUGCACGCUGAACGUCAUAUUCGCCUUAGCAAGUCAGUUGGCCGAUUUUGUCCCACCUAAGGAGCGAGAAGCAUCAGCAAAUGCCUUUUUCUCGCGGGCCAAGGGCCUAUUUCAAUUCAAUCUUUGGGAUACUGGAUCGGCAGGUUUGAUUCAAUGCUUGCUUCUCAUGGCCCAGUAUCUGCAAAGUACAGAUUCUGCACAUCAAUGCUGGAUUGUUACUGGACUCGCGAUACGUAAUGCUCAAAGUUUGGGGCUCCAUCUUCCUCAGAACAUUGCGCGCCUUCGGAGUUUUCAAGAGCAACAACUAGCGCGCAAAAUAUGGCACGGUUGUAUUCUAAUGGAUCGUGUCAUAUCUAUGACAUUUGGUCGGCCUGCCAUGAUCUCAAAGGCCUCUAGUGGGGCGGUUCCCUUGCCAGCCGCCGUUGACGAUGAAUAUAUCCCGUCUGGGUCAAACAAAGAGGUUUCCCAGCCCCUCGAUCGACCAUCAAUGAUGGCAUUCUACGCUAAAUCAUUAGAACUUUACGAGAUCAUGAACGAUGUGCUUCUUAGCCUUUACAAACCAAUCUCCGACGAUCAUGCUGAAGAUGUUCAUGACUUCUAUUUCGAUAAUGUCGCAAGCGAGGGAGAGCGGACUAUCUUUGAGCUCGACCGCUCGCUCACUCGAUGGACACGAAGCCUUCCUCCACACCUGCGUGGAGAUUCUUCAACGGUACCCACAAGUCCUAUAUUUUACCGGCAAAGCAUUGUCUUGCGUGCAAGGUUUCUCCACGUGCGGAUGCUUUUGUUUCGGCCAACCCUCUCUAAAUACUGCGCUGUUCGGGAUACUACGACAGCAUACCCAUUGGUCUCGACGAACGACUCUUUCCCCCAUCGUGUUGCGCUUCAGUGCUCCAUCAUAUGUGUCAAAGCUGCUCAAGAGUCUAUCGAACUAAUAUAUAAUAACGUCCCUGCCGACGGAACUGGCGGCCCCUUGCCGGCCUGGUGGUAUAACAUCCUUUGUUCGUAUAGGUCUACCCCUGGCAUCUCCUUCGGCAUUCUGACUUAUAUAGAUGUUUAUACUUCUGCGACUGUCUUGAUCGCUGGCCGUUUGUGCGCGGCGAUCCUUGCUGAGGUUACAGAAAGCUCAGUUGUCCAGUCCUGGAACCACGCAUUGGAGGUUCUUCGCAAAUACCAAACGUAUAGCACAUCCGCUCGUCGAUGUGUAGCGGCCCUUGAAAUUCUAUAUGAACAAGUCGCCUCUGAAGGUCUACUGCAUAUCAGCCAUAUGCCUAGUCAUGAGACAAGGGUCAACUCAAGUGCAGGGAACGAUAUGUCAUUUGGCGAAGGAAUGAACGCGGCGAUCUUAGAUGGCUUUGAGUUUCCUGAUUUUCAAGACAUGUCAUGGUUAAACAGUGUUCCAAGCAACUUUUUCUAG